AUGUCAUUUUUAAUUUUUAUUGUACUUAUAGCAACAGCUAUUUACUUCAUCAACCAGUAUCUCUUUAGUUAUUGGUCAAGACAAGGAAUACCUUUCAAGAAACCUGUGUUUUUAUUAGGUGAAUUGAGUGCAAUUCUAUCAAGAAAUGUUCCUAGUUUGGGAGAAUUCUUUGAGAACUUUUAUAAAAAUUACAAGCAAAGUAGAAUACUUGGAAUUUACUUCUCAUAUCGUCCAACAUUGAUGGUUUGUGAUCCAAUUCUUAUUCAAGAAAUAAUGAUUAAAGAUUUUGGAAGUUUUCAUGAUCGUGGAAUUCCAGCCGAUGAGGAAAUUGAUCCUUUAAGUGCUCACUUGUUCUCAUUGUCUGGACAGAGAUGGAGAGAUUUGAGAGUGAAAUUGUCACCGACGUUUACGAGUGGAAAAUUAAAAGGAAUGUAUCCAACCAUUUUCAAUUGUGCUCAAACUAUGCAGAAGUACUUAGAAAAAGAGAUGAAAAAUGGAACUGAUAAUUUUGAUACUCAUGACUUAUUAGCUCGUUUUACUACAAGUAUAAUUUCAUCUGUUGCUUUUGGCAUUGAGAAUGAUUGCAUUAAUGAUCGCGAAAAUAUUUUUCGUAAAAUGGGACUUAAAAUCUUCGAUAAUGACUAUAAGCUAAUGAUAAAAAAUAUUCUCGCUACUUUUUUGCCAAAGCUUACAACCAAAUUGAGGAUGAAAAGAGUAGUUCAAGAGGUUGAAGAUUUUUUCCUGUCAGUUGUAAGGCAGACAAUCGAGCAUCGAGACAGUAAUGAAAGCUAUCAAAGGAAAGACUUUAUGCAGUUAUUAAUUCAAUUAAAAAAUCAAGGAUUUAUAUCUGUCGAUAAGGAUGAAAAUGAUGAAGAUGAGGUCAAUUUCGAUGAUUUUAAAAGUUUAGAUACAAAAAAGUUAACAUUUAAUCAAGUAGCUGCACAGACUUUCUUGUUCUUUGUUGCUGGUUUCGAGACAUCAAGUUCCACAUCCAACCUUUGUUUAUUUGAGUUGAGCAGAAAUCCAAAAAUCCAACAGAAAGUACAAGAAGAAAUCGAUCAAGUCAUGAAGGAUGCUGAUUCUACAGACAUAACUUACGAUAUGCUUCAAAAAUUGAAAUAUUUAGAGAUGUGCAUCGACGAGACACUCAGAAAAUUUCCGAUUGUUCCUUUACUAGUUCGAGAAUGUACUAAAAAUCAUACAUUUAGUGGAACUGAAUUUACAAUAGAAAAAGGAACACAAAUUUUCAUACCAUGCCAAGGUCUUCAUCGCGAUCCUGAUUUUUAUGCGAAUCCAAUGGAAUUUGAUCCUGAAAGAUUCAGAGACUCACCAAAUGGAAGUAAAAAUACUAGAGGAUUAUUUUAUUUACCUUUUGGAGAUGGUCCAAGGAACUGCAUUGGUUUACGAAUGGGAAAACUGCAGACUAAAAUCGGUCUUGCAACUAUUCUUUCAAAAUUUUCAUGUAAACUUGUGGACGAGAGUUUGAUGCAUAAAGAAUUUGAAGCUGAUCCAUCGCAAUUCAUAAUAAAGCCAAAAGUGCCGAUUGUAAUUAAAUUUAUGAAUCGAAAAUAA